AGAUGCGGCGAAUGGUGUGCUCGGUGGUGGGAUGGCCGGCUGCACAACCUCCUGCAUGCCUUGGGGUGGCUGCUAAGCCCCAAAAGCCAAUUGCUGAGGAGGAGGAGGAGGAGGAGGAGGAGGAGGAGGAGGAGGAGGAGGAGGAGGAGGAGGAGGAGGAGGAGGAGGAGGAGGAGGAGGAGGAGGAGGAGGAGGAGGAGGAGGAGGAGGAGGAGGAGAAGGAUUGCCGCUACCAUCAUGGCUUCCUUGCUGCCCCCUGGUUUUGUUACCCUGCCCGGGCAAACCUUUUUUCCUGCCCGGGCAUGCGUAUUCCUGCCGUAUUGGACCCCAAAUCCAAGCAUGAAGGAUCAGAAGAGGCAGGGGAUACGAAGGGAGGGGAUCAUGAGGAAGAACAGGGGAAGGAGAAGGAGGGAGAGGAGGGAAAGGAGUAUGAGGGAGAUAGGGGGGAGGAGGAUGAGGAAGAGCAAGAGGAGGAGGAGGAGGAGGAGGAGGAGGAGGAGGAGGAGGAGGAGGAGGAGGAGGAGGAGGAGGAGCAAGAGGGGGAGGGGGAAGGGCACGAGGAGGUGCCAGUGGCGAAGAAGCAGAGGGGCUCUCUAGGAACGCCUACUUCCCCGUCUGUCUAGGUUAACCAUAGAAGACUGCUUAAA